CGCGGAAACGCUACAAAACUUCAGCGUGGUUCGACGACGACGGUGCGUCGAAAAGAAAACAUAAUAAAAAUAUUUUUUAGUCCCGGUUAAUUGCGAGAGGAGUGCGUUGUGUCUAUUUCCCUGGAACACCUUAUCGCCGCUGAUCCCUGGCACAGGUGCAGGAAGGAACGGAAAACACCCACUGCAUCGUGAGAGCAGCACACGAGGAGGAAAAUUGAAAAGUAACCCCACCAAAGUUAAUUAAGACUUCGAACAUGGCGUCGGGCGGUGAGAAAAGAUGGAUCGGGAGCGGCAUGUUUAAUCCCCAUUCCACUGGUGGAGGAACAUCCAUACCCGAAUGGAAGAAGGAACUCAUUCAACGAAGGAAGAAUGCCACCAAGGGCACAUUGCCGUCAUCCACAGCAGGUCAUUCGCAUUCGCAGCAAUGCCACGGAACGGCAGCAGCAGCAGCAGCAAAUUCCACACAACUACACCGGCAAGUGGCGACGACGGGAACGAGAAUUGGCGGCUCGGGGCAUCCACGGAGCAGCGGUUCGACGGCUGGUGAGUGCAGAGCAACGGUUCAGUCUUGCUGCGAGAGGGAUGGUGUACGUGUGUCCCAUGCUGUAGCCAGCAAUGGUUCAUCCUGUGUUACAACAACCAAAUGCUGCUGUCUCGAGGAUAAAUUGUGUGAAGUGCAUCAGUGUGAACGGAAUAAUUGUGCCGCAGGUGCUGGUGGUGGUGGUGGUGUUGAAUCAAGUGAAACGCGAGACAAUUUCCAUUUGUGCGAUAAUCGACAAUUGGACGGUAAAAUGGUGGCCGUACAGGAGAUGUGUGGCGAAAAAAUGGAUUAUGACACGUCAGAGGAGCUCAAGUAUGGGGCGGGAAUUGUGUCCAAGUUGGUAUCACGUUUCAUGAGUUACACUAUGAGGGUUUCGGCGGCCAAGGAGCGCCCCAGCUUGGAUAACAUGAGACGCGCCACCAGUCUCAAUAAUCUCCUUGAUGAUGACAAUGCGGACGAGGUACGUGGGCGAAAUGAUGAUGGGCACCGUGUUGAGGAGGACCCAAAAGUCCCGGAAGAUGUUGCUGUGCCCACAAACAAUGACAAAGGGGGUAUCUACCGUCAUAGGCAGCCACAGAUGGGGACGUAUCAGCAGAGUGAGAUUAUGCGACGACGUCAAAUGGGUCGUGGGAAUGAUUCAUUGAAGCGUGCCCGCUCUGUGGAUGCCCUUUUGCGUGUUGAUGGCCGGACAGAUGGGGAUGGGAAGGAUGUGGUGCAGGAGGCAAUUGAGGAGGAGAGUCCGGGGAAUGGGGUUGUGGUGGCACCCACCCAGGUGAAUAUUCAAAAUAUUUGCGAUGUAACAAUUGAGGACAAGAUUAUGAAUGCGAGGGAACGUGGAGAGGCAAAACCAAAAAGACUGAAGUCCUUCAUGGAUGAUCCUGAGCGUCCACCACCGGAUCUUGUGAAGACAACCCUGAGAAUUUUUGAAGCAACCGCCAAUCGUCGUGGGCGCCCACCGACGUGCCGGAGUGGCGAUGUAGCGGCUAAGGUGGCGUCAUUUAAAAAUAUCAUUUCGCAAGAUAAGCCAGCUAUUCUCUACCCAAAGCCACCAGUUAGCCCAAAGAAGGGGCUUGUGGGCAAAAAUGUGAGAUGCUCUAGUCACAGGGAUGCCACGAUGGUAACAGCAAAACCUGCCACAGUUGUUCCGGAUCAAGUUAAUAAUACCUCAACAGUUCCCGUGCCAACAAAGGUGACAAAGCCACCGGCACAGGCAACGAAUAUCAAUGUAAUCCAGAGAUCACCGUCUCCGCUGUCAAUUCGCAUGGACAUGACGUACAGGAGUGUGAAGAAUUUUUCACCCACCUCCCCGCAAUCCCCAAAGCCGGAUUUGAUAAAUGUCUCCCCGCCACGGAGGCAGAAGGAAAAUCAAGAGAAUGGUGUUUCGAUGGUGGGUUCCGAAUCACCGACCAUUGCACAACUCACCAGCAAAAUUCAAUCUAUAAAAAUUGAGUCACCAACUGGACACCAAGUGUCCAGUCUACCAGUGAGUCAGGUGCGAAAAGUGCCACUACGGAGUGGAACUGUUAGCUCCACCACGGAGGAAUCGGACACAGACACCACAGAUAGCUUUGAUGAUGACAUAGAGGAUGCGGAUGAGGGGAAUUUCGGUGGCAUCAAGAGGAUAUCAAAGGGUGAUCUCGAUAAUAUCUCACGUGCCGGUGCUACGACAGAAUUUAACUUUGGUGGCUGCACCAGUACCCCCAUUCGCGACAAGAGUCACCUUCCAUCCCUCACAAAUGGGGCCAACUUAACAAUCCAAUUGGAGAGUACCGAUGGCGCGGCUGAGGAUACAUCCAAAGGGAGUAGUGUUGGUGAUUGUGGUGAUGUUGUAAAUGGUGUUGUUGUUAAAAUGGUGAUGGAAAAAUCUCCUCCGGAAAAUGGUGUCAAUUGCGAAUCCUUGGACAAAGUUGCUGUUGUGGAAACAAAAGAGAUUGUCGAUUCGACACAGUGUAGUGAGAAACAGCUGACAAAUCAGGAAAUUGAGAAGAAUAUGAUCAAUAGGGAGAGGAGUGAGGUGAAUGUGACACAGAUGGCACCCAAGUGGACCUCAACGAAGAAGAAGCCAUGGAAGGAGGAGCCACAGAAUACCACGAUGGUGUUUAAUUUCAGCAAUCGGAAGGAUGUACCUGAUUACAUUGAGAAUGAUGGUGUUGUUCUCCGUAGGAGACGCGAAAUGCCCAAGCCUGGUGAAUCAGGAUUUGUCCUUCUGGGCGAUGCACCUCUUGAAACAUCAACAGAUCCCGAUGAUUCCUGGACAAUGGGUCCACCGUCGCCAUGUGAUGUGGAUUUUGAAAAUGAUAAUGUGAUCAUCAAUGGAAAAUCCAGCUUGAGACACAAACUAGGGGACAGUAAGCAAUGGAAAAUUCGCUUCGAUGACUCCCUCACAUCGACAUAUGAAUACCCAUCGGAAACAUCGCAGAAGGAAGAAAUGCUGAAUAUGACGAGCAAUGGGAAGUCUGGAUUGAUGGAUGAUAAAUCAUUUAAUUCAUCAGCAUAUCAGAAAUUUCUUCCACUUGGAUUAACACCAUUGGCUAACUAUACACCCGCCAAGGGUGGUGCUUUGAGUACAGACUUUGAGUUGGGUGUAAAGCGAAAUUCGCCGUUGGUGGAGUCACCCGGAAGUGCUACAGGUGGUGGUGAGUCGCAUCAGCAGCAGCCACAGCAGCAGCAACAAUUGAAUGGGGAUCUCGAGAGUUUGCAGUACCUAAAGCCAGCGACAGAUGAGCAAACGGUGGCAUGGAGUGAAGGUACGCGAGUGACGGAUUUACUUUUCUAACAGAGGGAUCAUGAGUGAAGGAGCUCCCGGUGGGACACAAUUCCCCCAUGGCUCCAUCACUCAACGCAGUAACAUUUAAUCAUAAAUGAUUUUGCUCAAAAAAUUGUAAAAAUUUAAUUUUGCAUUUUCUUUCCUUCCGGAAUACAUAUUUUAUCGGUAUACAUUCAAUGUAAUACAACAAAAAAAAGAAAUGAAAUUCAUUUAGAGUGUACCACCUGAGUUGUCAAAUUAUAUGUUUUUUCCCGCUGAGAGGAAGAAAGAAAGAGAAAAAAAGAAGAUCACUGAACUCUGCCGUUAGAAAUAUUACUAUUAUGAAUUUUUUUUUGUAAAGUUGUGAAGAUGAGAAUCAAAGAAUUAAAAAUAUUGUAGUUUUUAGAAUUGAAAAUUAACCUUAACAAAAAAAAAUAGCAAUUUUCGCACGGAAGUGAAGAAUUAAAAAAUCGGAAGGGGGAAAAUGAAAUGAGAUUUUAAGUAGAAAAAAAAAACAGAAAAUUAUGAAAUAAUAAAAUUUACCGAAAAAAACAUUUUUGAUAAAAGUUUGUUUUUUACAAUGUUCUUAAAGCAACAACAGCUUCUUUUCUAUGGUGUAAACAUUUACGCGUUAAAGCAGAAACGAUUUUGAAAGCUCUGCAUGACUUUUUUUUAUACGAAAAGAAAACGUAAAAUUAAAAAUGAAAAAUCGUGUUAAAUGUAAGGAAAUGCUUUAUAGAAAAAAAAUCAUAAAUUUGUAUUAAAUUCACAAGUCUUGUGCACAUCCGCAAAAAAAAAGAAAAUAAAAAGCUAGAGAACAGGAAAAUACGAAACAACACUAAUCAAACUAUUAUACAUAAAAAAUAUUCGUCUAUUCGUAAAUUUAAAAUAUUAAGAAAUAAUAUUUAUACACUUAUAAGUAAAAAAAAAUGAGAAAUAGUUAUUGUGAUAUAUCGAAAGUGAAAAUAUAAUGAGAAUAAUGGAAGGAAAAACAAUUUUCUCGGGCUUUGUGUGUAGAUUUUUUGUUUCUAAAAUAAGCGUUGAAUAAGAGAAAAAAUUAAAGACACUUUAAACAAUAUUAAUUUUAAAUGAAAAAAAUCCACAAAAUGGGGAUAAAUGACAAUUUCCAUUUUUUAUUAAAUCACAUUCUUCAUUCCUCUAAAAUAAAAAUUCUUUUCAAUCGUUUUCAUGCGAAAUUUUUCACUGUCAUCUCUUUACUUUUCUUUAAUUAAUGAAUAUUUACAAAAUAAAAUCUUUUUUAUAAAAAAAGCCAUAAAUAAUAUCGUAAAAUAUAUAAGAAACAAAAUGCGAAAUAGAGGAAAAUAAUCGAAAAAAGACAUUCAAUUUUUGAAAACGUAGUUUUUGCAAGAAAUAUUAAAAAAAAAAAAAAAACAUAUGCAUUUAAUCAAAUAUUUCUUAUUGUAAAACGAAUAUAAACAUAAUGAAAAAAAUAAUAAAUGUAAUUUGUAAUUCAAGUGACGAAUUUUGUCACAUUUUUAUACAUUACCAUUUUUUGUCUUUUUGAUAGAAACGUGCUGAAAUAAAAUAAAAUUAAUUACCGAAGAACAUUCCAUACGAAUUGUGACCAAAAUAUUAUGCAAAAAAACAAUGAUUUUUUUCAAUGGGGAAAAUUGCCUUUUUUAUCAAAAUUUGUGUGUGAUAAGACUUACUAAAAAAAAGAAGAAGAAAAACUACUCUAGCACUAAUGCAUUAUAUAUUUCCCUACAGGAGGAAAUUGCUAAAGGACCAAAAGACAUGAUUUAUUACUAUUAAACGCAGUAAAAUUGCCCUCUGAAUUGAAAAUUGUGAAUGUUUUUGAAAAUUUACCUUUUUUUCUUGCAAAUUGUCAAGAGAAUUGCUGAAAUAUUGUGAAAUUAUUCUGUUUAUAAGAAGAAAAAAAAAUACAUCCCAUUGCAUUUAUCGAA